CCCUGUUCGAUCGUCUGGAUGGUGUGCCACCGGCGGCCCUGGCGUUACGCUUCGACGUUACGAUGAUUGCAUGCGUUGAUACUCGUUAGUGUUUGUGGACUUUACGACUUGGGUUGUAGUACUGUCGGUGCUGUUUGGGUCUCAAGACUGGUUUCCGCUCCAUCGGCUUUCGCACUUUCAGGGCUGAAGGCUCGAAGGGACCUAAGCCCUACUAAAGCUUGGGCUGCAAGUGUGAGCCAUGCUUGGUGCAAGCCACCGGGCUUCGCCCGCGGCCAUGUCGCAGGGCUCAGCUCGUCAGGCGUCUACAAACUUGAAGUCCGUGAGAGGUGUCUCGUCGACUCCACGUCGGUCCAGCUCAACCCCAUGCUCCAUAACGCCAAGCACCCGCGCUGUUCCUAGCAGCGGCAACAGCAGCACAGGACCAUCCUCUACGCAGGCCGGGCUGAGCCCCACCGCCGCUCGCAUUCUCAGCGGCGCUUCGGCCGGACCCGCGCCGCGCCUCAUCAUCCCAUCUAAUCCCGCCCCAACCCCGGGCGGCCUUAUCCUUCCUUCCAACUCUACUAUCCGGACUUCCUCUCCUUCUUCAGUCGCUACCGCAGCUGCUGCAGCUGCCGCUCCCGCCAUCUCCGCGCCAUCUCGCGGCCAUGGCAUGGAUGGUCCAAUUGUGUACUUCGGUUCCCAGCGCGUUCACUCUCUGAGCGAGCGGGGCAAGGAGGUCGUUCGUUCGAUGGCGGAUUGGGCUGCUGUGGAGCUGCCGAAGUUCCUGAAGCCCACCGAGCGGCACUGGCAGCCCACCGACAUGCUGCCCGACUCCGCAUCUCCCGACUUCUACGACCAGGUUAUGUCGCUGCGCUCCGCCGCCUCCAACCUGCCCAACGAGUACCUGGUGGUGCUGGUGGGCGACAUGAUCACAGAGGAGGCCCUUCCCUCCUACAUGAACAUGAUCAACACGCUGGACGAGGUGCGCGACGAGACGGGCGCCGACGACACCCCCUGGGCUCACUGGACGCGGCAGUGGACUGCGGAGGAGAACCGGCACGGGGACGUGCUGAACAAGUACCUGUGGAUCACGGGGAGGGUUGACAUGCACAGCAUCGAGACCACCAUCCAGCGCCUCAUCAGCAGCGGACUGGACCCGCGGCUGGAGAACAACCCCUACCUGUGCUUCGUGUACACCAGCUUCCAGGAGCGCGCCACCCGCAUCACACACGGCAACACCGCCCGUCUGGCGCUCUACCACGGCGACGCGGCGCUGGGUCGGCUGUGCGGCGCCAUCAGCGCUGACGAGGCGCGUCACGAGCUGGCGUACCAGGCCAUCAUCGCGGAGGUACUGCGCAGGGACCCGGACGGGGGCGUGCUGGCGUUCGCGGACAUGAUGAAGAAGGGUAUUGUCAUGCCCGCCCACUUCGUUGACGACGGCUGGCACACCGCCGCCAACGGACCCAAGUCCAACCUAUUCCAGGACUACGCCUCCGUUGCUGACGGCAUCGGCGUGUACACCGCCAACGACUACGCGGGCAUCGUGGACCACCUGGUGCGCAAGUGGGACAUCGCCAACGUGCGGGUGGAGAGCGGGGAGGCGGCGGAGGCGCAGGAGUUCCUGAUGCACCACUCGCAGCGCAUCCGGCGCCUGGCUGACCUGCAGAUGGAGCGGCGGCUGCGCGACCGCAAGCGGGGCAAGAGCCGCACCGCCGCCUUCUCCUGGGUGUUCAAGCGGGAGGUGGCCAUGUGAGGGGGGAGGGGAGGAGGAGGGGGGAGGAGGAGCUCCCAAUGUGUUAAAAUGAGAAUGUAAACCUGAGAAUGAGAUUGCAAACCCGAGGAGGAGGAGGAGAGGGAGCUGGAAGGAGCAGGUACACGGGGCUGUGGAGCGAUGAGGGGCUAGGGCGAGGAGGAAAGCUGUGAAGGGGAAUGUGGGGAGGAGCUGGGAUGCAUGCCGUUUUUGCCGGUGUGCCGCUAUUUGCGGGUGAUGCAUGUGGCCUGACGGGCGUCCAAGCGGGCGACUGCUGCUACGGUAUGGCGGGGUGCAGCCGGCCUGGGGCAGGAUGCAGCAUGGCCGCGACAGUCCGGUGGAGACGGGAGGGUGAAGAAGAAGAAAAGGUCACGAGAGUGUGUUUUAUUUGAAAGAGUGGAGGAGUAGGGGAGAGAGAUGAGCCUUGCACGUAAGGGGCUGGUGGCUUGAGAGGGUUGUUGUGAAUUGCCCGGCUAAGGCAUUGGACGGGAUCCGCAGGAGGGUUUUGGCGGGGAGGCGCGGGCGGCUGUGUAAAACGCCGGGUUUAGCACAGACGGGGUAAACGGGUAAUGUAUGUCCGCUUGUGCGUGCUCUGCAUGUACGGGAUAGGUGGUCGUAACUGGUCCCGUCCUGAUGGCCUCCCAUGUGGCCCCCUUGCUGUUGGUGAAUCUAAAAAUAACGCUAUUCGUUGUUGUUGUUGUUAUUGCCUUCGCUGCUGCUGUGUGUUUCAUAUGUCGCUUAUUAUUAUUGCCGUACCAUUCCGCUGUUUGCUGAAGCGGUUAGCGGUUGCAAGGCUUUUCGAUAAUGCAAUAGCUAACACCAUAUUUGAAGAAGAAAAAGGAUAAGGAGAACCGCUCUCUUGAAUUUGGAGAAGCUGUAUAUUUGUGCGUUUCCUGCACACAUUGUGUGUGUAUCGUCGUUGUUUUUUGUUUGUGAUGUUUUAACGCUGCGGCGUGAUACCUUUGUGUUGUUGUUGUUGGGGCACAUGAACCGCGCUGUUUCCUGUACCAGCCGCGCUUUCUCUGGCUUGUCAGCGGGCGCCAGCAGCAGCACCGGCAGCAGCAGCAGCGGAUUAGCUGGCAUGAAGAAUUUCCGCAUGGUAUGAGCCUUCCACAUACGUAUGAUAUCCCUGUGCGUGUAUUGCGUUAGGAGGAGACGUUAAAAGGUCUGCUGGCUGCAGUAGGAGCCAUUGAAGUUGCGAGUCCCAGUAGGGUGGUAUAGCAUCCCGUGGUUUCUGUUUAGCAGGAGGGAAGACGAGGAAUGGCGGAAGACUGUCGGUAUUGGCACGCCGUCUGCACUGGGCGUUGGUUGUAGGCCCUUUGUACGGCGGCGUUGUCUGCGGGCUGCUGGUCCUUAGCUCUGAUGUUUAUACCCAGCGCCUUGUAAAG